UGGACUCCCCUCUGUCCCACAGUAAUGGACUGUUCCUGUGUGGCAGGUGAUCCGGAGGGGCUGGCUCACCAUCAACAUCAGCAUCAUGAAGGGGGGGUCCAAGGCCUACUGGUUUGUCUUGACGGCAGAGUCUCUGUCCUGGUACAAGGAUGAGGAGGAGAAAGAGAAGAAGUACAUGCUGCCUCUGGACAACCUGAAGCUGAGAGAUUUGGAGAAGGGCUUCAUGUCAGCUAAACACAUCUUCGCCAUCUUCAACACGGAGCAACGGAACGUGUAUAAGGACCUGCGUCAGAUCGAGCUGGCAUGUGACUCUCAGGAGGAUGUGGACAGCUGGAAGGCCUCUUUCCUCAGAGCAGGAGUCUACCCUGAGAGGGACCAGGUAGAGAGUGAGGAUGUGCUGUCUCCUAGCGACAGCGUCUCCAUGGACCCUCAGCUGGAGCGGCAGGUGGAGACCAUCAGGAACCUGGUGGACUCCUACACCGGCAUUGUCAACAAGGCCGUCCGAGACCUCAUGCCCAAGACCAUCAUGCACCUCAUGAUCAACAGCGCUAAGGACUUCAUCCACUCUGAGCUGCUGGCGUACCUGUACUCCUCCGGGGACCAGAACAGCCUGAUGGAGGAGUCAUGUGACCAGGCCCAGCGCCGUGACGACACUCUGAGAAUGUACCACGCUCUCAAAGAAGCAUUGCACAUCAUCGGUGACAUCACCACCACCACCGUCUCCGCUCCCCUGCCCCCGCCCGUGGACAACUCUUUGAUGGCCAAGGAACCCAGCCCCCCCCCUGCUGCCCGCCCCCCCCCUGCCUCUGCCCCCGCUCCCAGUCGCCCCCCAGCAGUGAGAGGCUCCACCCCUGGUCCCCCUCCCCCCCUGAACCCUGCCUCCACCCCGGCCUACAUCACCCCUCCCAUCCCCUCCCGACCCGGGCCCCCCCCGGAGCUCCAACCCCAGGUCCCCUCCAGGCCGGCCCGCAUACCUCCCGCCUUGCCGCCCGGCAUCCCCAGCAGAAGACCUCCAGCAGCUCCCAACCGUCCCACCAUCAUACGACCUUCAGAACCCUCCCUGCUGGACUAGACACACACAUACUGUACAUACACACACACAUCCGUGCACAUACAUGCACCUAAACACAUACGCACUUAAAAUCACUCACUCACCAUUAUACACACACACACACACAGCCUGCAAACGAUCCAUUCGAUUUGUUGUGUUUGAUAAUAGAUUGUUUAUUGAUUAGGAAGUCUGCGAGCUUUGUUUUAUCUAUUGCCUAUGUAAUGCAAAUACCUUGUAAUCAAAUAGUAUUAUUAUUGAAAACUGUUGUCUGCUUCAGUGCAGAAACACUUUGUACUUCUGACAUUUAACUGACUGAAUGAACAGAGCCCCCCAAACCCCGUCUCCUCCACCACACACUUCUCAUAUACAUCGUAAACAUGACUUUACGCCCUGGAGAAGAAGUUGACCCCCCCGAUUAUCGUAUAAUUCGCACUUCGAUUCAAAGCCUUUUAAAAUUCAAAACAUUAUGCCAUUAAUUUGCUUGUGAAAGUGUGUGUGUGUGUGUGCGUGAGGUUACAAAUACAAUAAAGCACAGCAAACAAUAAUAGAUGUGAAUCAAAUGUAUUUUUAUUGUGUAAAAACAAUGAAAUAAAAUUCAGUAACUGCCAUGGCAAUGUGUAGAUGUGUUUGUCAUUAUCCCUUUAAAAGUACAAUCAUAGGUCUCGACCACACUGCCCACAUGAUCAAUAAACUAAACAUACAUUUCCAUGGUAAACGUUACACUGGCCUUGCUAAAUUUACAAUGAUUACACAUUCAGUAAACUUGACGUUGACUGUAAACUUGAUGACAUGUUCCACUAACUUUAUGUUGGCCUCUAUACUUGUGGAUUAUAAAAUCUAUCAGAUCACACAGGGCAUCAUGGGAAAUGUGCAAAAGGGAAAGCUAAAAAGUUUGAGACUCACUCACAGUAAAAACCACAUACCCCCCUCGUACAUCUACAAUCCUUCUGUCAUUCUCUACAUAUCAGCAUAGGCACGUUCACCAUCAUCAGUAACUCCCUAAACCAUGCAGUGUGAUUGGUUGUUCAGUGGCAUACAGCGGGGCAG